GAAGUGCCCGGCUGGCUGACAGAGUUCAGCCUCUCCCGGGCGCUGCCGGCGGAAGGUUGCCGCUCCGAGGCGUGAGUGGCCUCUGAGGUCCGGCUGCGGGUUGGGGUGGGCGUUGGGAGGGAGCAGGGCGGCGGGAUGAUGGAGGAGGAGGAACUGGAAUUCGUGGAGGAGCUGGAAGCCGUGCUGCAGCUCACCCCAGACGUGCAGCUCGCCAUCGAGCAGGUAUUUCCAAGCCAGGAUCCUCUAGAUCGAGCAGAUUUCAAUGCUGUGGAGUAUAUCAACACCCUGUUCCCAACGGAGCAAUCUCUGGCAAACAUUGACGAAGUCGUGAACAAAAUUAGACUGAAAAUAAGGAGACUGGAUGACAAUAUUCGAACCGUCGUAAGAGGUCAGACAAAUGUGGGGCAGGACGGCAGGCAGGCACUCGAAGAGGCCCAGAAAGCUAUUCAGCAACUCUUUGGGAAAAUCAAAGAUAUCAAGGAUAAGGCAGAAAAAUCAGAGCAAAUGGUGAAAGAAAUCACCCGAGACAUUAAGCAGUUGGAUCACGCCAAACGCCACCUGACCACCUCCAUCACGACGCUGAACCACCUGCACAUGCUGGCAGGCGGCGUGGAUUCCCUCGAAGCCAUGACCAGGCGAAGGCAGUAUGGAGAAGUUGCUAAUCUUCUUCAGGGCGUCAUGAAUGUUCUGGAGCACUUCCACAGAUACAUGGGCAUUCCACAGAUCCGGCAGCUGUCUGAAAGAGUGAAGGCCGCCCAGACUGAGUUAGGACAGCAAAUCCUGGCCGAUUUUGAAGAAGCAUUUCCUUCCCAGGGUACCAAGAGGCCGGGAGGACCGAGCAAUGUCCUGAGAGAUGCGUGUCUGGUUGCUAAUAUUUUGGACCCCAGAAUCAAACAGGAAAUCAUCAAAAAGUUUAUUAAACAGCAUCUGUCAGAGUACCUAGUACUUUUUCAAGAAAACCAGGAUGUUGCCUGGCUGGACAAAAUUGACAGACGCUAUGCCUGGAUCAAACGCCAGCUCGUGGACUAUGAGGAGAAGUACGGCCGGAUGUUUCCGCGAGAGUGGUACAUGGCUGAGAGGAUCGCGGUGGAAUUUUGCCACAUCACAAGGACGGAACUUGCCAAGAUCAUGCGUACUCGAGCAAAGGAAAUUGAAGUGAAAUUGCUUCUUUUUGCUAUUCAGAGAACAACGAACUUUGAGGGCUUUCUUGCAAAACGCUUCUCUGGGUGCACCCUGACCGAUGGCACUCUGAAGAAACCUGAGUCUCCACCCGCCUCCACCAACCCCUUCCUGGAGGAUGAGGCAGCACCGGAGAUGGAGGAACUGGCGAUGGAGAAAGGCGAUUCCGAGCAACCAAAGAAGCCUAAAGCCCCAGACAAUCCAUUUCACGGCAUUGUUUCCAAGUGUUUUGAGCCUCAUCUCUACGUGUAUAUUGAGUCCCAGGACAAAAACCUUGGUGAACUGAUAGAUCGGUUCGUGGCCGAUUUCAAGGCCCAGGGGCCCCCUAAGCCCAGCAUGGAUGAGGGGGGCGCCGUGCUCCCCAGCUGCGCCGACCUCUUCGUCUACUACAAGAAGUGCAUGGUGCAGUGCUCGCAGCUCAGCACCGGGGAGCCCAUGAUCGCCCUGACCACCAUUUUCCAGAAGUACCUCCAAGAAUACGCCUGGAAAAUCCUCUCUGGCAACCUGCCCAAAACCACAAGCAGCAGCGGCGGGCUGACCAUCAGCAGCCUCCUCAAGGAGAAGGAGGGCUCGGAAGUGGCCAAGUUCACGCUCGAGGAGCUCUGCCUCAUCUGCAGCAUCCUGAGCACCGCCGAGUACUGCCUGGCCACCACCCAGCAGCUCGAAGAAAAGCUCAAGGAGAAAGUCAACGUCAGUCUGAUUGAACGAAUCAACCUGAGUGGAGAAAUGGACACGUUUAGCACAGUCAUCUCCAGCAGCAUUCAGCUGCUGGUUCAGGAUCUGGAUGCUGCCUGCGACCCCGCCCUGACGGCCAUGAGCAAGAUGCAGUGGCAGAAUGUGGAGCACGUCGGUGACCAGAGCCCCUACGUCACCUCUGUCAUUCUUCACAUUAAGCAGAAUGUCCCCAUCAUCCGUGACAACCUGGCUUCCACACGGAAAUACUUCACUCAGUUCUGCAUUAAAUUUGCAAACUCCUUCAUUCCCAAGUUCAUCACACACCUCUUCAAGUGCAAGCCAAUUAGCAUGGUGGGCGCAGAACAGCUGCUGCUGGACACCCACUCCCUGAAGAUGGUCCUGCUCGACCUGCCGUCCAUCGGCUCGCAGGUGGUGCGGAAGGCCCCGGCCAGCUACACCAAGAUUGUGGUGAAGGGCAUGACCCGCGCCGAGAUGAUCCUCAAGGUGGUGAUGGCCCCUCACGAGCCGCUGGUGGUGUUUGUGGACAACUACAUCAAGCUCCUGACGGACUGCAACACAGAGACCUUCCAGAAGAUCCUGGACAUGAAGGGGCUGAAAAGGAGCGAGCAGAGCAGCACGCUGGAGCUCUUCCGCCAGCGGCUCCCCACGCCGCCGUCCGGGCCCGAGGGCUCCAGCUCUCUGGCCCUCCUGGCUCCGACUCCAGAACAGGAAUCCUCUCGCAUCCGCAAACUGGAGAAACUAAUUAAAAAGCGACUGUAGGGGACCCAAGGGGCACUUUCCCCCUUGGCCGGUGACCCCCAGCACCCAGGUGCCCAGAAGCCCCCUCCCCUCCCGGGCUCCCCCGACUCGCAGAUCAUCAGCCUGGAAACUCCCUGGGACACGUGGGUCAUUAAUGUGUCCCCCCGCCCCGUGCUCUGUCUCAAUUCCUGGCCUAACUGCAGAGCCCAGUCAGGGCCGGAUAAGAAAAAGGCAAUGGAGGCGGCCUCUGAUUGCGGUCGCCGAGGCGGCAGUGGGUGAAAGGUCCCUGGGCGUCCCUCGCCAUCCCCAGGCCACUCUGGACUGGUCCAGGUGUCAUGGGCUCUGCAGCCUCGCCUCUCGGUCACACCCUCAGGCGUGUGGCUCUGUUCCCUUCCAUGCCUCUGUCCCCAAAGCGUGGGAGGACCUCAACCCUCCUCUCCACCUGCUGUGAUUUGAGGCCACCUCUGGGACCAGACUCCUAAGAGAUGAACUCUGAGCUUGGCUCCAGGAGCCGAGUUAUGAAGUGACAGGUGACAGCCGUGGGAAACGAGCCUUCCUUUGCCGAGACGGUGGAAGCAGGAGGCCUCUUGUGUGUGAAUCCCAGGUUCCUGGUAUGUGUGCUUCUGGUCCUUCUCCUGACUUGGCCGAGUUACCCUGUGUUCACCUCCGCUGCCCUCUGUACACAGAGGGCUCCCCCGAGACCGCCCGCCCAGGAGGAUGGCACAGCUGUCCCCGCUGUGGGGCUCCUGCCAGGGCCGGGGCAGACCCCCUCCCACUCCGAGAGAGGGUUCUGUUUGGCCCACUCGCUGCGUGACAUAAACACAUUUUCUUUUUUCUUUUUCUUUUUUUCUUUACUCCCUCCCUGCUCCUGACUGGCUUCCAGGGAAGGGAUGGCAUCUGUGAAGGGAAACCAGGAAGCUUUCCCAGCAAACCCAUCCGAGGCUUUCUCCUCAGAUACAACUCUAGGAAAAAGCCAAGAGGCCUGACCCUCUAAUCCCCUUACUGCCAUCUUCAAAUCCAGAGUACUUUCCAGAAUCAUCUGAAACAGCAAAGACGAGGCGCAGCCCCAGCCGACAUGUUACUUUAUCACUAAUGAGAAAGAACCCGGGUCUGUGAUGCCUGAGGAUGAGAAUACUGACUUCAAACACGUCCUCAGAGCCUGACCCAGCCCACACACACCCCGGCCCGUCUGCCGUGUCCUCUGCGGGCCCUUGGCCCGCACUGCUUUGCAGAAGAGAACUGUCCUUCAGAGCUGCCUCAGCCCCCUGUGUCCCAAGAACAGGCAGCGUGGUUGUCCUGGCUCACCUGGUUCACCGGAAACCAGGCCUCGGUUAACUGUGAUCACGGCCUGCGGCGGCUGCUGUUGGUGUCGGCGUUUGUCCAGGGGCUCGGAACAGUUUGUGGGCCGGGUGGGGAGAGAGGUGAGGAGGUAGGCGUGCGCGAGCAGGUCUCAGGAUCACAUUAGGAUGUGAGAUGAUAACUCUGGAAAGAGUUUUCAGGAUGCACUUUCCUGGAAAUCCAUGAAACUUGUGACAGCCAGACAGCAGGGGGCCUUAAGGUUUGGAGAUCUGACCAGGAGCAUCGGUCGUCUCUCCCCUUCUUGUCUUCCCUGUGUCACCACCCAGCACCGUCCCCUUUCCUCCCCAUCGGCCUCGUCGGCCCCAACUUGGAACCUGGGCCUGGUUUCUUUUAUCAGCUUCCGGCCUGUGACUCUCACGGGUUGAGCAUCUCAAACUCAAGAACACUGGGAAAAGUAGGUGGCGGAAGAAAGAGGUCUUGCCUUUAGCUGAGCCCUGUUAGGAAAAGAUGCUAAAAAGAGGCAGGCAGGACGGGCAGGGAGGUGGGGGCAGCCCCGGGCAGCUUGCUGGAUAAAGUGCCCUCCGCCCUGGUGAGCUUGUCCUGCCUGCGCGGGCUGAGGCCGUUCUUCUCCCGCCCUUGAAGGAGAAGGGGCGAGGGCCCAGCUCCAGACAGCUGCCUCUGCCGUCUGUCAUCGACCUGGGGGCUGGAGAGGCCAGCGGGCUCCCACACCUGAUUCCUGUCACUCUCCGUGUUUACAGGUCCGCACUUCUCUCUGCAGCUCGUUCACCAGGAGUCAUUUUCUGGACGUCUCCAUAAUGGCAUUGAGAUGUCAAGCCACUGUCCCCCCCCCACCCCCACCCCCGUGGUGAUCCCUGCCCAGGAAGUUGCUUUCUUGAUUUAUUACACUGUCAGUGAUCUCCGAGGAGCCAACAGAUGUCAGUAGGAGUUCUGUGCAGUGUCCUGUUGACGGGCUCUGAGCGCUGUGUUCGCGUCCUGAACAGACAGCGUGUGCUUCUCAGCUGGGGGUCUGCGUCAGAUGCCUGGAGGUUGUGAGUCCCUCAGUCCGGGGUGGGGCCCACCUAUAGAUUUGCACGUGCCGUAGGUGAUUCUCCUGUUGACUCCUUGUGAAGAGCUGUUGUAACAGAAUUUGCUUUAUGGAGGGGUUCCUGUAGCACAUCUUCAUAAAUGGGUAUUUUCUCCUGCCUCGGAGCAAGUGUAAUAACUGUCCAGCUGAGCUCGUACCCAAGUGGGAAGGGUGUUUGGGCUGAUUGCCAGCUGCUUUCUUUUUGAAUCGUGUUGAUGGCAGGGACCGUGGCGGACAUUGUGCUGUCCCCAUACUGACGAGGAUUCUUGUUUCGAUGACUGAGCCCGAAACAGAAGGUUUGUUUAUUACUGUCGUUUUGCAGUAAUACAGAGAAAAGAACACAUUUAUAAAAACGGUGGCUGACAACUCUGUUCUCAGCUGAAUUAGAUGUCCGACCAGUUUUGUGGCGCCCCCGCACCACUUUCUCUUUCCCCUUAAAAAAAGACUUUGAAGUCACCUUAUGGGGUUAAAAUAAAUAUUGGUAAUUUAUAAUCAAUAAAAAUUUCCCUCCUGUCUUUACUAUGGACAACUUCCUGAGAGCUGGCUGGAGGUGCCCAGGCUGGAGAAUGUUUUGUUUGGAUCCUAACGGUGACAAGGAAGCCACCCCGGACAAGGGGUCUUGACCUCUGAGUGCAGUUCUGGAAUGAAAGCUGCUAUGGCCAUGCCUCCCUCUCUUGAAGAACAAAGCACCAGCACCAGCCUUGCCCACCACCCAGAAAAGCGUGCCCACUUUCUCUUGCCUAGGGCGGCUCUUUGGCACAGACCAAACAGGUCUGGAAGCAGACGUCCAAAGAGCAACAUGACAGUGGCUGGGCAGGCAGGGCACAGGGGAUGUGACACAGCCCAUCCCGAAUUGCCAUUGGACAAGGAACUCUGGUCCCUUGUUUAAAGAACACUAGGGAAAAUGCCAAAUUUUCACAGAAAUGUAAUUCCUCUCCGUAGGACCAGAAAUCUCCAAAAUAACUCACUUGCUUGAGGGUAAA